ACCUGAAACCCAAAUGAAAUGAAUGAUCCAGAAUUCGUGGAAAUAAAUUGAAGUUAUAAGCUUAAAUUUAUAAUAUUAUGUUUAAAUCAUGACUACUAAUGCGGAUAAAGUGUACAGCUUUAAAACAGAAAACAAAUUCUUAGUCAAGAGUGGCUGUAAAAAACGCAUGUGGAGAUCUUUGAAACAAAUUCUUACAGCGGAACGAAGUUUGCCAUGGCCAAACGAUAUUGUACUUUAUUAUUCAAUAAAUGCUCCACCAACAUUCAAGCCAACUAAGAAGUACUCGGACAUCUCGGGCCUCCCCGCUCCCUACAUGGACCGCCAUUCCAAACUGUACUACAGCAAUGCUGAAGAAUUUGCAACGGUGAGGAGCUUACCCAUGGACAUAACUGCCGGCUAUCUGCAGUUAAGAGGAGCGAACACUAUUGUCGGAUAAGAACUGAAAUUAGAAUAUAUCUUGUAGAAGAUUUUUUGAUGAAGUUCAAGCUAUGUUAUGUACUACAUGAUGCAAGGAGUUUUAAGGACCUGGAGUGUGAUGUAAAAAACUUGCGAUGGGAAACAAAAAAUAUAGCAAUGUAUUGGUAGGAUAUGUGCAGAGUAUAAGUACAUAUAUUUAUUGAAUUAUUUACUGAUUUUGUCUUUAUACAUUAUUAUUUAAAUUAUUUUACCCCA